CACCGGGAGGGGGGCUCCGGGCAGAGGCCGGGGCAGUGCCGUGUCCCGCCCGGUACGUGACACCGACACCGACACCGCCUGCGCAGCUUCCGGCACCUCGGGCCGGUGCCGCGGGUCGGUGUUUGGCCGCACCGGGGGGAGCUGCGAUCUCCUGCACCCCCAGAGCCUUUUCCGGGGUCCCCCCGCCCGCCGCCUCCCCCGGUGCGGGGCCUCCCGCCCGCUCCCAGCACGCACCGCGCUCGCGGGGCUGCUCCCGCCCCCGCGGAUCUUCGCGCUACCGUGCGCGGCUGGGAACGCUUCGCUCCGGAACGAGUGUGGCGCGGCUGCGUUUCCCGGGGGGUCCGUGUUUCCUCAGGGGCACUUCCUCCCCCGCAGCUCCGCUCAUGGCCGUCCGGCUGCUCCUCAGGGCCUCCCGGCGCCUCCUGACCGGCACCGGGACCGGAUCUGGAUCUGGGGCCGGGACCGGGCGGGUGUCAGUCAGCACUGGGCCGCCUCCCCAGAAGAAGCGGUGGCUCCGCGCCUACCUGGAGCAGCAGCGUCUGGAGACGCCUCCGCAGCGGCGGUCAGAGAAGCCCAACUGGGAUUACCACGCCGAGAUAGAAGCUUUUAGGCACCGCCUGCAGGAGAAUUUCUCUCUGGAUGUUCUCAAGACGGCGUUUGUGAAUCCCUGCUACAUCGCAAGUGAGGAGGAGAGGCGGCGAGGGCUGGGGCUGGACAAGGAAAUGGUUGCUCUUAACAUCCAAGACAACAGCCAGCUGGCCGAACAGGGGCUCUGCUUUGUGCGUUCUUACCUGAGCCAGUGUUUUGAAGCUGCCUACCCAGAUUUACCUGCAGAGGGGGUACGAGCACUUGUGGCUUUUCUGAGCAGUCAAGAACUCGUUGCCUACAUAGCUCGGAACCUCUCAAUCCAGGACCUGACUCUUUGCAAGGAGUUUCCUGUCCCACCUGAGGUGCUCCAGAGAACCUUCUUUGCUGUGAUAGGGGCCUUGCUCAGCAGCAGUGGGCCUGAGAAAACAGGGAUCUUUGUCAGGGAUUUUUUUAUUCCACAGUUGAUUGGAAAAGACCUCUUUGAAAUCUGGGAAGUUGUAAAUCCUAUGGGCUUACUUGUGAAAGAGCUGACCAAGAGGAAUAUCCCCUCUCCAGAACCAAGAAUUACCAGGCAGCUGGGAGUCAGCACAGUUCUGCCACUCUACUUUGUUGGGUUGUACUGUGAUAAGAAGAUCAUUGCUGAAGGUCCUGGUGAAACCCUGCUUGCUGCAGAGGAAGAAGCUGCCCGUGUGGCACUGAGGAAGCUCUAUGGGUACACAGAGAACAGGAGGCCUUGGGAUUACUCCAAGCCCAAACAAGGAUUGGCAGCUGAAAAAGCAAUCAGCAGUAAUUAGAUCAUAAAAACCAUUUCUCUUUUCUCUCAAGAAUUCGUGGCUUCCAUGCUUAAUACAGAUGCAUUUAGGAAAGCAGAGUUCAGUUUGGGUUUUGAUCUCAAGUGCUUGGAUUUUUCAAAUUAAAUAUGGGAUUAAAGUAAAUAAAGUCUCUUUCUUUUGCACAAUG